AUGCGGCAUUGUGAACGAGCGCCAAGAAAGAGGAAGGCAGCAUCGAGAAUGAGUGCGGAAGUGGAAGGUGACGCGGAUGAACGGUGGCAGAAGAUGAUUUCUCUGGGUUUUCGAUGUGCGCCUCUGGAUUUUCGAUGUAGGACAAACGAACUUACAGCAGGUAAAGUGGCUGCUAAUCUUGAAAGCCCCAGGUCGAGAAUUUACAGGAAUUCACCUGUUGAACCUUGUGUGGGACAGGAGUUUGAGUCAGAAGCAGAGGCACAUGUAUUCUACAAUGCAUAUGCCACGAGUGUUGGAUUCAUCGUACGUGUUAGUAAACUCUCGCGAUCAAGGAUCGAUAAUUCUACUAUUGGGCGGAUUUUUGUCUGCAACAAAGAGGGAUACAGGAUGACUGACAAGCGUGAAAAUGUUAUACGGCAAAGGGCUGAGACAAGGGUUGGUUGCAAGGCAAUGAUAAUGGUAAGGAAAGUAAAAUCCGUUAGCUGGGUUGUUACAUGUUUUGUAAAGGAACACACACACCCUCUUGCUGGUCCAGGAGGUGGCAGAAGGGAUUUCAUCUACGAACAAUAUCCGGGCGAAUGGGAUAGAAUUCGGGAAUUAAAUCAGCAGUUGACAGCAGAGAAAAAGAGGUCUGUCACCUACAAAAGACAUCUUGAAGUCGAGCACAUUGACGUCGACGAGUAUAACGAGACCCUAUUGAAGAAAAUACAACACAUAGUAGACAAUGUAAAGGAGAUGGAAAGCAAAGAAGAACAAAGUCAAUUGAACUUUCAAUCAGCCACCCUUUAA